AUGCGCCAACAUGGCCAACAUGGCCAACAUGGCCAACAUGGCUUCGACCUCUCCACUGUACUCCUACCGUGUGUCGAGAAGAGCUCGAAAAUGGCCAACCCUCACCCGGCCGCGGUACCCGGUAGAACCAGUGAGCGCCUUUUUUUCCAAUGUGGCAUGCCCCUCACUGCGCCUGUGGUCGUGCAUUCUUCCGUCGUCAUAACCUACCGUGCCUACCGGUAA